GGGUCGAGAGUGACAUACAAGAUGGCGCGUGAACGCGCCAGCUCUGGUCUGCCUAUGAUGGAUGAUAGCUUAUUCGUAGGGCCGAGAAUUCCAGAUGAGAUAAAACGAAUGAUACCUCAUUUAACUUCAAUCGAUAAAGCUUUAUUCAGGAAGAUUUUGCAAGGUAGGAGAGAUCAGAAAUAUCGAUACACAUUCGGAGAUCGCCCAGUCAAACCGAUAACGUUUGGACUCAGUGUUUGGCAAGGAAUGAACUUUGUGCUACUUUGACACAAGUACACUUUAACUGUCUUAUAAAAUUAUGAAUCUCCGCUGUAGUAGGUUUCACUGAUUUCCAAAAUUACAUGUAACUGUAGGCCUUUAGCCAAUGAGAAGACAGGUAGUGAGUAUCAUGCAUAAAAAGGCCCUUGUCACAAUCAUUGCCUUUUUAUUGAGCCUCCCCGCCUUAAUUUAUUAAACAUUUUUCAUCAUUGUAGCCAUAAGAGCCUAGACAAAAUGAAGAAGUCACUGUUGUCAGUAGAGCCAAAAUCAAAAUUAUCAUAAUAUUGUCAUUUUUUGCUCUCCACCACAUACUGGAGUUGCAAGCAGACGUGGAAGAAUAAAACAAUCAAAAUGCUUGUUUCCAUGCAUUGCAACAAACUGCAGUGACAAAUUCAGAAGUAGAGUCAGAAGAUAUUUCCUUUCAUUUUCCUCUUUUCAGUUAUUAUCUCAGUUUUUGAGGGAAAGGUUCCUGAUAAUGGAUUGCUUCAAGAGCUCCAGUCGGAUGCAGUAACUGAGGAAACACUGUCUUGUUUGUAUGCUGGACUGUACUGUCUCUUGCGUAGUGCACUGCGCCUUCCUCAAACUUCUCUUAAACCAGACCGUUUCAAGUCAGACCUCACAGAGCUCAAGUAAGCAUAUUAUUGUGAAUGGUGGUUAUGGGAGUUAGAAGUGGGGUGGGUGAAGUUGGGUUUUGCAUGUCAAUUUUCAAUUUGACAGUUUUUAGAGAAAAUAAAAUAAUUAUCAAAUUAUUGAUGCUAUGACAGAUUUUUCAUAUGCAGGUGCACGCAUGAAUAUUAGUGGACCUAAAUUGACACUGAUUUUUGUCUUUGGAAUAUUCACGUUGAGUGGACACUCUUGUACAGAGUUUGAAAAUAUAUAAGCCCCUAGCAAGUUAUUCCUGCUCUCGUGAUAAAAGGUCUGAGAAGUGGUUUCAGGAUUCUAAUAUUUAGGAGAGAUUUCAGUCACUCCCAAAAUUAUCAGAACUGAGAAACAUUUUGUCAGAUGUGCCUUGAUGUCAGUAUCAAUUAUCAUUUCCAUUAUUUCAUCCAGAGUUUUCCAGUUUAAUAUUCCUUGAAUUUGCCAUUCUAACAGGAUUCUUUUUGUCAUAUUAUUGUUGUCCUUUGCAGAGUCCCUGGAGAACUAAUUCCUGAUUUAUCAAGCAUUGUGUUUGGAGAAAAGCAAGUAUUUCUGUUCAUAAAAUUGUGAGAACUGUUGGCUGCGUUUUGCUGUUUUUCACUAAUAAUCAAGACAGUGAAUGUUUAUUUUAUUCAUUCACUUUUUUCAAGUGCUCAAUGUUUUUUUGGAGCAGCCUUUGAGGGAUUGUAAAUUAACAUUUAAAUAAAAAACUGAGAGCAUGAAGGUUUCUUUGACUGGGAAUUGGUGUCACCUGGGCUUGGAUGAGGAUGCAUGGCCCUUUCAGUUGAAACAAAAAAUGACUCAAGAGUUUAAAAUAAUUAUGAUAUGUUUAAAUGUAAUGGAGUCAAUUUCCAUGAGCACUUUUUUUCUGGGGUAAUAACAGCAUUGUAAAAUGGUUGCCGGCAAAAGAGAGCUUGUUCCGAAGAGAGUUGUGAUGGUGUUCAUUGUCAUCCUUUGCCUCUACAGAAGAUCAGCAUUUGAUGCUGCUGCCCUCAAAAAUAGAAACCAUCUUCCAAGCUUAGAUUCACUCAGGUGGAGAGUUGAUGUAGCUAUAUCCACUAGGUGAGCAUUAGCAUAACAAUAUUCAUCAAAUACAUUUGUGUCCACUUAGCACUAUUAUUAUUAAUAUUAUUAAUUCUUUCACAUUGCUUAUCAACCAAUUUAAAUAAUGAUAAACUUUUCCAGGCCUAGUAAACCUAACCAGUUCUUUUAAAAAAUAUAUAUCCUUACUUUAAUAUUGUAACUCCCCUUUGGGCUUUUCAGUCGCUAUUUUACAUGAACAACUAAAAAUUAAGUAUAAUGCAUUUCACACUAAAAUUACUGUUGAGAAAGAAAAUGGUCCUUCAUUAAGUUUUUAAAAGCUCUGACUGAGGAUUAGGCUUUCAAUUUAAUUGUCAUCUAAGUUGUUCCAGAUGUUAACAGCUCUAUAAAUAAAUGUUCGCUGACCAGUAGCUGUUUUAAACUUCAGUAGUAUUUUGAGGGUAUCAUGCUUACUAAGCUAUGGAUGGUUGAACGUUCGCAGAAUUUGUCACAUAAUUAAGUAGGAACGAGGUUGUUUAAACACUCUUCUGCCAUAACUGAGCCUCUCAGAUAUAAAAGCUCUUUGACAGGUAGCCAGUUGAACUCGCACGAAAGUGGAGCACUUGACAUGAUCAUAAUUAUUUCCUGGAAUUCGUAACCAUUUUUCUUAGGUAAUAGUAACUUUGUGGGCGAGGUCAUUUGUCCUGAUCUUCUGCUCCACUUGCAGCCGUCAUAAUAUAUAUAGAUCUUGUUAUUUGGGUUAUAAGUAAUGCAUUAUAUAAAGGAAAGAAAAACCUCAGGCUUUGCUUGCUAGCCAUCAUGACUGAGGGACUUAACUUGUAUUGUUUUUUUGUUUUUUAGUUCCCUCAGUAGAGUACUUGAACCUUCGGUUUUAAUGGAAAUGAAACUGAGUGAUGGAAAAAUCCACACAUUUGAGGUAAGGCAUUGACUUGGUGAGAUUAACAUGUCAGUUGGAGGAAAAGCCUUGGUGAACUCAAGCUGUGGCUUUUCUUGUAAUCUUCAAUAUUCCAGCAAAUUCAAAAACUACCAGUCUUACAACCAGGAUUUAAGUCAACAAUGUACUUGAGUGCUUAUCAUUCUCUGGGGACCAAUGCAAAGUGAAGAGAUGAGUGAAAAAAAAGGGGUUUUAGCCUCUCUAGCCAUGUCACUAUACCAGCAGAGUAGACUGUCUGACCUCUUCUUCCGGGUUGCCACCGUUCAGGCAUCUGGGACAAACUAACUGCCAAGGGAAAAUUCAAGCAUUUUUCGUGGAUGUAGAAAAAUGAAAAGCUAAGCAGGGUUAUUUAAAGUGUAUUGGUCAAGCAGCCUGGCUUUUUUCUUGACCAUGCCUUUGAAAUUGCUCCGCCUUCUUGUUUUCCACAUGGUUCAUACAAACUUCGAAAGGUCUUGAAUUUUACUAGUGAUCUUGAAAAGUCCUUGAAUUUGGUUUAGGUCCUUGAAAAGUACUUAAUUUCUUUAUUACUUCUUGAAAAGUCCCUGAAAUUCACAACCUUGUCUAUGCCAGGCAACUUUUUUCUGUAAAAUUAGAUUAUUUUGCCAAGGAAAAUUUGGCUCAUCCUUGGUAUAACAACCUGUAAAACUCAUGGAUAGGGUAACUUAGAUAUUUUUGUGCAUAAACAAUAUUAUAUUGUAUUUCUGUUUCUUUCUUUCAAAUGCUAUUUCUGUACCUCAGAUGCAAUUGCAAGUCAUACCCAGUCAUUUUGCAAAGUCUUGUUGCAGAAAGUAGUAUAAAAUAACGUGAUCAAUGAAGGCCGAAGAAGUAAAAAUCAUGAAUGACUCCAUGACUUAUUUCAGCCAAUAGGGUGAUCAAAGGGGGUUAAAAAAUGCCGAUUUAUUAAAACUAUAAAUCUUAGUCCUUGAAAACUGUAAUUUGUCCUUGAAAAACCCUCCAAAAGUCCUUGAAAUUUGUGUGUCUGAAGAUGUACGUACCAUGUUCCAGACUAAUUUCAGCUUUUGGUGAGCUCUCUUUCAGCCACCCCUCAGCUACAGUCCUGAGUAUUAUUGUCAUACUGUACCACCUGGUCAAAAUAAAUCUUUUAAUUACGGGUGUACUGAUCCUUGUUUUUAUAGGUGCCAUUAUCCAAAUUUCAUGAGCUAAGGUACAAUGUGGCCUAUGUGUUAAAGGAGAUGGAAGAAGUUGAAAAGAAAAACAUACUGAAGAUUCAGGACUAACAUCAGGGCCGGAUAGAACCCACGUAUUUAGACUAGGCAGGUACUAUUAGUACUGCAAGUGAUUUAACUAUUAAUACUUGAAUUGGCUCCUAGCUUCAACCAAAUGCUACAUCAUCAUCAUCAUCAUCAUCAUCAUCAUCAUAUUGCCCUCUUCCCUUAAAAUCUAAUUUAACUUACAGUUAUUAAAAUAAGAAACUUUUCUUACAACUGCCUCACCUGCUCCCUCACCCAAAAGUACAGCUGUAACUUGGUCCUUCUGACAACAGUGCUGAAGAAUAGUGAUACACUGAGAAACUGAACUUAGAAUUUAGCAGUACUAGUUUUAAUGGUACUUGGUGGUGAAUUGGUGUGUUGAAAAUGAAUGAUAAAUCUGUACCAUUCAAAAAAAAUGUUUUUCUAUCUCCUAGAAGAUGCACUCUGGACACUGUUAUUAGUAUUUUACUGUUAAACUUUGUCUUCAAGUGAAAUAAGAACGGAAAUUGAGUUAAUGAAGUAGAAAGCAGAAAUUUGAAUAAUUAUAUUCAUGCCCAGGUCUGGUGCUGAUAUUUUGAGCAUUAUAUUUUAUGGGUUUUGAGGUCACAUCUUAAGAUGUUUUGUGUUAAUUAGGAUCUUACCUGCCCUUGGAACAUUUACUGGAAUUCUGGACACUUCUCUUCAAAAAAGAGAGUUGAAGUGCAGGGUGUACUGUAUUGUCUAUAGUAUAAGGUGUUAAAUGAAAAGCUAUUUCCGAAAAUGAUGAAGGUAAUGCAACGCUGCUUGGUGCAAAAACUGAAACGUUUUGAACACUUUUGGUAUAAAUUGUAUUAAUUUCAACUUUUCACUGUGAGAAAGAUUGCUUGCUGUCGCAAUGUGUGAUUUCUUUGGCAAGUUAAUUAUAACAUGAGAGACGAUUGUCAAACACGACCAUCAUUGCAUGUGCAUAGUUACAUCAUUACACCUCAUUGAGUCAUACACUUACACUUCUUACAUCUAUAAUAAUAUACAUGCUCAUUCAUAUGGUUAUAUGUGUUGUAUCAUGGGGGACAUUUUUAUCAUUUUGAAGAAAUUACUGUCCAAAGAAAAAACGCAUGGGGAAAUUUUUACUACUUUUUAGAAAUAUCCAAAGGAAAAAAACCGCAUGUACCAAGGUGGCUUAGUCUGAAAAUAGUGAUAGUAACGUUUGCUGUAGAAGAUAACCACCAAUAUUACAGUCAAGGCAGGUCCAGCGUACCCCCCAAGAUUCUAUUAAUGAAUUGAUUAUUUAUAAAUUAAAUGAACCCGUUAGUCAUUUUGGUAACUGGUUUUGAAUUCAAAUCGGCAUUCCUGCAUGCGUAACGAGCGGUGAUUAUU